GUCAAGUGCCCAGCCUGCGAGCAAGAUGGCUCCAAGCACUUCCACGCCCGCCGCGGGCGAAGUGCCUUGCAAGGAGAAGGGUGAAGAGCCCAAGCCUGAAGAGGCUGCGGCAGUUGAGGAACCAGGGAAUCAACAGAAACAGGGCGACGACAACCUGGACAAGACCUUGGAGAUUGACUUGAACAAGGCUCCGGACAAGAUCUCGGAGGCUAAACAGGACAAGAUCUCGGAUACUCAUGCUGACAAGACCUUGGAGGCUGCCGGUCUGGGAGCUGCUUCUGAUAAGACCGCGCCUCUGGCCAAGACUACAGCGACCAAAGCAGACGAGACCAAGCCGAAG